AUGGAUGUUCUAAAGCAACUUCAUGCCUCUGUGGCCCAGAACUUCGAGAAAUCCUUCGAUAAUGCAUAUAACGAUUUGGGAGCUGUGCUUACCAUUCAUGACAGAAAAGUUGCUGCGACAGAAGAGAAACUCAGGGUUACAGAGUCUGCCCAACUUAAAGCCGCGGCCGAGAUCGAGAGGUUGAAUGUUGAGAUUACCCAUUUGCGAGAAGUGAUAAAUCGUAAUGACUUUAGCUUAGAUGAUGCUGAAGUCUCUGUGAGCGAGUCUCAAUUGGAGGCAGCAUACGCGCCGCAGCGUAUUUUGAGUUUAUGUGACGACAACAAUCUCUUGUCGUGGGAACAUGGUACGAAAGAGAUGAGAAUUAUCAAUGGAAAAUAUACCGCCUUAUAUGGAGAUGCACAAACGCUUGUAAAGGCCUGUAAGGGUCUCAGACAACAGAUCAAGCGGCAUAAGAGAAAGCUGGAACACUGGGGCAAAUGCCUCGAGCGAGAUGAGUUUACAUUGAUGCUAAAUGGCGUCGAUGUCAAAUUUCAACGUGUGAAGAACAUUGCAGACGACGACCAGGAUGGCUCUCCAACAGUAGAAUCGAUACCUGCAAAUGGCAUGCUAGUGCCGGUUAGUCAUAUUGCAGCAGAUGGGGCUAAUGGGCUACGGAGUUUACUUAGGCCUGAGUUGGGUGAAGUUUGUACGUCCGUCGUUUGCGGCGAACAUAGAAGAGCAGAGAACAACUUUGGACUGCCCUUGCAGAGUGAAUCUCAAGAAGUACUUUUGACACAGUCUGGUCCUCCUUUGGAGAACGAAGAUAUCGAUACAUCGGUGAGGCGGAGACACCGGGGAUUGAAGAGGAAACGCGGGGUUCUAUCCGAAUCUGGGGCAUUGGCCCAUCAUAGUGGCUUGGGGGAAAGGGAAUUGAAACCACCCAUUUCUAUAAAAAGCAAAAGCAUGUCCUUUAGUCCCGUGCGAAACGAUUGCCAGCAUAUUGAAACAAUUGAAACCCAAGAUUUGGAUGAAGUUGGCGACACAGUCGAGACACCGACAAAAGAAAUGGUCAUCGAAACUGACCCUUUGGCCAUUAUUCAUUCGCCAUCCGUCCAAAAAUCAACGCCUCAGGACAAUUACCGACUCGCAUCAGGCCACAGGCUUCUUAAUGGAUCCACAGCACUCCAAUCAGUGGAUGAAAAUGCCAGCCUUCUUCAUGGUUCUGGUCAAUGUUCAGAAAAGAAGCCAGAUGUAGUCCCAAGGGCAGCCAGCCAUGCUAUAUCGUGCAUAGCAGAGGAUGGUGAACAGGUGUAUCCCAUAUCACAUGCAGGAAGGACACCGCGGAACGCUGAUUUCAGCUACCUAUCAGCAACUUUAAGUUCCAAAGGUGUAUCACACCGUUUGCAGGACUUGUUAGAGAAACCGCUGCCGCCUAGGUCACUGUUGCAGUCACCGAAGGGCAACGGUAACGUGAAGGAUACAAGGCACAACCAGCACGAAUUUCGAGCUGAUCACGAAGCAUCUGGAAAUAACACACGUUUACCUACUGAUACAACGGCAGUAUUGGAUUCUUCACAAGCUAACAAUCAGCCGACUAAUGUCCACCUCUCCGAGCGAGCUAAAUCUAAUUCCAUCGAAAUGCAUCCAGAGGAUGAAUCUUACCGAUCUCUGCCACUGCACCGGCUCGAGCUUAGUCAUUUCAGGAUAAACCCUGACUAUAACGAAGGACUCGGGUUUGCAUUUGACACUGUUAUCCGCAAGAAAAAAGAACGCAAGUGCAUCAGGGGAUGCACGCGCCCUGAUUGCUGUGGAGACAAAUUCUUAGCCAUGGCACGCCUUGCUGGUCUACGAACCGACCCUACAGUCUCUUGUCAAGAAGAUGACCAGAAAAUCCUAGAAGACUACUUGGGAGAAGAUAAAUAUUUGCUUGAUGAACUUGGUGAAAUGGACCGUCAGAGGCUCCUUGAUGAGGCAAAAGCAAGGCUGAUCGCCGAUUGUUUUGGGAAACACAGAAAUCAUCAUCAACGUGCGGCUACACCGCCAGGGUUUUGGCGCACGGAUAUGCCUGAUACACAAGAACUAGAUUUUGAUCGUGAGGAGGCAAGAAGGCUUGAGAGAGACAAGGUAAAAGAACGAUAUAGAGAAGCAAUGCGCCCAGGUGGCCUUUGGAAAUACGCGGAUGAGUGA